GGGUCAUCGCAGACUCUCUCAUUCAUCAAAUACUAGCUAGCAUUCUUUCAUCAUUUCUUGAUUUAUCGUCCUUCCGACCCUUUUGCCUAAACAUAACACACACCCACACACUACUCGUCCCGAGCCAUGACCAGCUGCUGAUCCGCAUUCUUCUGUCUCCUGACUGGUGCCAUUUGGCAGAGCAUGUGAAUCGGCUGGACCGCGUCAUUCUUCAGUCAACGCAGUUCUCGGCCCUGGAGGCGCAGGCACGAUGGCUGCCACGUUCACAUGCCCCCGCUUCGAUCUUCCGGGUGGCUAUUCCAACCAGCUCUCCCCACCCCCAUCGCCGCUCAGCCUAGUGCCAGAGCAUCCGACAAAAGUCCCUUCUCUCAUCACUUCUCAGAUCGUCUCACCCGGUGUGAACGACUACGCCGACGAGGUCACUGGAAUCACCGUGGGUGCAGGUACCCCGCCCACCGUGUCGGACCAAUCUAUCGAUGAGCCUUCAGACAGCAUGGAGAGCACAACCUCCAAGAACACCUCCCCAUCGUCUUCCCCGUCAUCCCCGUCAUCCCCGUCAUCCCCAUCGGACAGCCGCCGGACCUCUAAACGCAAACGAACCGUCUCACCCCCUUCGCCGUCUAAAUAUCCAGAACAACUUCGCUCGUCUCGCAAUCCGCGACGCUCUACUCCCAAUAGCCGACAUAGCUCGCACCAUCGCUCCGCUACCACCCCCUCUAUCACACCGCUAGCUGACCAGACAACCCGACGUGAGGACCUGAUCGCUCUGCAUCGCGAGUCCUGCCGUCUGUUCCAGGAGGAUGGGUUGUCAAAGCCCAGCGCACGCGUAUCUCGACCUCCGUCCUCCAGCAAUCCUCGCACUCCACCGCGACCUCUUCGCUCCUCUUCCAGCGCCAGCUCUCCACCUACACUGCGAACCCAGCUCUCCAUCUCCACCUACCAGGGGCAGAACCGCCAGGAUGAGUCUCUACGACCCCCAUUGCGCGCGUCUACCUUUUCUGCGUACGAGCCUACCUGCCACUCACCAAUCACACCCACAAUGACGGUGAUUGACUGGACGUCGCCAUCCACACGGAGACGCGAGUACGAAAAGAUCGAUCGCGCCAGCAGUGGUGUGCGAGGGUUCUGGCGACGGGUGGCGCCUCGAUGGUGUCAAUUCGGAGACAACCGCACGCCAUUCUUCGAAGAAGGCAAAGACGGCAAGGGAAACUAUGGGGGAAGUGUGCGACGGUUCCGCAUGGACAUUCCAGAGGAGACGGGCGAGAACAAAAGCAGCACAUUGCCGCGCAGCUUCAAACUAACCCGGAAGUUGACCGUGUCUCGAACGAGCAACCGUCUGAAGACGUAAUUUCACCUAGCGUGCUUUCACAAUAGCCGGCGAUUUGCAUUUGAUACCCCAGCAAUAGAAUGCAGCAGCAACUCUUUACAUAAUAACAUUGCCAUUGCCAUA